AUGUACAUGCGCGUGUGGCCGGCCAAGGACAAAACCAGACUGCGGGUGCUGAAGGAAGUGACUGUGUUGGGCACUACUCCUGAGGCAGUGGAGAAUAGAGAAGAGUGGAGAAGUUUCUUUGGCAAGGCCAAAGGGUGUGAUACAAAGUUGAAAAACCAUGUCGCACAGGCAAAAACUGGUCUGUUGGAAGAACUGAGUGAAAUGAAGAAUUGUGUUAGAUCAUUUCAAAAAUUAGGUGAGGUCCUAGAAAAGAAACUAAAUGUUUUAUUGACUCAGAGUAUCAAAACAAAGGUUGUUCAGCAGAAGAAAAACGAUGUUAUCAUCGGAACAAACAGAGUGACGACAAAUCUCAAAUCAGCCUGCAAACAAGCGUUGUUCUUUGUUUCGAGAAUAUCACCUGACGUUUCUAGUGAAGAACUUUCACUUGAACUUGCUGCUGUGGAGGUACUUGAAAUAUCAACUAUUAUUGUGGCAGUCUACCGUUCCCCUGACGGUGAUCUGGAAACUUUUUUUCAACAAUUGGAUAAUUGUCUACAACACCUUCUUAGAUUUGAGGCUGGUAAAAUAGUAAUCUGCGGGGACUUCAACAUCCAUCUGGAGCGUCCAUCGAGAGAGGAGGCCACUUUUGCUAAUCUUCUACGUAGCCAUGGUCUAUAUAUAACCUCAAGACUCCCUACCCGUGGCGAGGCCUGCUUGGAUGCUGCUGCUACCAACAUCGACUCAUGGGACUGUGAGGUGGAAGUCAAAAACUCACUUGUGGCUGACCAAGAUGCAGUGGUAUUGAGGCUGACAACUGAAAGGGUGAGUGAACAACAUGAUUGGUUAGCUAGUUUUGUAAUAGAAAAGAGACUAGUUAGUAAGGAUGAUUUCCAUUUGUUUUAUGGUGAGCUGGAACAUACUGGCUGGGAUUUUCCAAACCUUCACUCUGAUCCAGAAGGAGCGUUCCAUGCUUUCUUUAGUACUUUUAAAGAUAAGUUUGACGAAGUUUUUCCUGUUAGAGUCUUCAAGCCAAAUACAAAGCUUAGACAGAGAAAUGUCCCUAAAAAAGGUAGGCCUAGUAUUAAGGAAUGGUACACUCCGGAACUUGCUAAAAUGCGAGCCCUUACGCUCCUGUUUCAUGAUCACUACAAAGCUGCCAUAGAUGUGGAUAGGAAAGAAAGGUUCUUCUCCCUAUACUGUAGGGCAAAAAGAGAUUACAGUGCUAGUGUAAAAGAAGCCAAAAAACUAAGUAAUGUUGAACAAAUCAGAAAGUCCCAUAACACGUGCAAAGCAGCCUGGGAAAUAGUAAAUGAACACCGUAAGCCAAGCCCAGGGCCUAAGAUACAGGCAACACCUGAUGAACUGAACGACUAUUUUGUUCAAGUGGCAGAGAGUGUAAUUGCCGAUUUACCUGUCUUGCCUACUGACCCUACAGAGGCUAUGAUAGACCGUUCGCCAGCUCGCAAAUUUGCAAAAUGGAGAGAAGUGAGUCCUGCUGAAGUUUUAAACAUAGUUAAAAGAUUUAAAGACUCAAAAAGCCAGGAUAUUCAUGGGAUGUCUAGCUCUGUAUUAAAGGCAGUGAUUGACACCAUUGUGGUACCUCUCACCAAGUUAGUGAAUGCCUGCCUCUCAAAGGGUAUAUUUCCUGAUAGCCUUAAAACUGCUAGGACCAUACCUAUUUAUAAGAAGGGGGACCCAAAAAUCUUGGCGAAUUUCCGACCUAUCUCCAUCUUACCGAUUUUCUCUAAAGUAUUUGAGACCAUAAUGAAGAAACAGCUUGUCGAGUGGCUCGAAACCCACGACCUGCUUAACAAUGCCCAGCAUGGUUUUAGAAGCGGGAGAUCAACUACCACAGCCCUUUUAAACCUUGCUGAGAUAAUAACUGAUGCGUUCGAAAACAGUGAGUCCGUCCAACUCGACUUAUGUGACCUCAGCAAGGCAUUUGAUGUGGUCUCGCAUGACAUUCUAGUGGCUAAACUAAGCAAGUAUGGAAUCAGUGGGAUGGUACUUAAAACACUGGCGGGCUACCUUGAAGACCGGAAACAGAUUGUAUCACUGAGUGGGGCCUCCUCUAGAGUUGGUGUACUGCUGCACGGAGUGCCGCAGGGAUCGGUCCUUGGCCCAUUACUGUUCACAGUCAUGGUCAAUGACUUGUCGCUAAACGGCCACACACUGCUGUUUGCAGAUGAUACCACCUUGUUCUCUCGAGGCCGAGAUCUACCAGAACUCAAAGCGGAGUCCGAACAACUGCUGACGCGAGCCAAGGAAUGGUUUAUCUCUAACAAACUGAAGAUAAAUGAGGACAAGACGCAAUCGCUGAUAUGCACUCUCAAAACUAGAGAGGAGGAAGAUCAAGAUGAACCUGUGAAGCUACUUGGUUUUUGGAUUGACUCUAAAUGCAGCUGGAGUUACCAUAUUGAAAAAGUCUGCGUUAAGCUCUCCAGAGUCUUGUACCUAUUUAGGAAACUUAGGUCAAUCAUAACGCAGCCUUACUUAAAGACUGUGUAUCAUUCCCUCUUCCACAGCCAUAUAAUGUAUGGACUGGUAUUGUGGGGACACGCUCCUGCAGCCCAUGAUGUACUGCUGCUCCAAAAAAAGGCACUCAGAAUUAUAACAUCCUCGGAAUACACUGAGCAUUGCCGGCCUAUUUUCAAAGAUCAGCAGAUACUUACCAUCUACAGUCAAUACAUUUAUGACAUACUUAUCCUCCUUAAAGAACGUGAAGGAGAAUAUUCUAAAAGGGAAUAUCAGCACAGCUACAACACAAGAAGAGCACAAGACCUGGAUAUGCCACGCUGUCGCUUGAGUCGCACUCUAAGGCCUCUUUUAUGCACGGCGUUUUCGGUCGGGCGAAAUCGUCGGGCGGAAUCGAUGUCCCUUUUAUGCAGUUUCUCCGCCGAGCGGAAUCCGCUGAUGCCCGUGGUGGGGGUGGUCAGUGCUACCAACUUCGUUCAUUUUGCCAUCGUCAGUGACCCAAGAUGGAUCCUUGUGUAUUGGUGUAUAGGUACUUAUUUGUACAUGAAGAGAAAUAGACGACGGCGAAGGAGGUGGGCUGUACGUACACCCGGUUAA